CGUUCAUGACACGUGCACGCACGCGCACUCGAAGAAUAUUCUGGACAAAUGACAGAAUCUUUGGAAACGUCUUCCGGCUGCUUGUUGCAAGAUUUACAUUGCCCGUCAUUCAUUGUUAAAUCUGAGGCGCAUUGUUUAAUGUGAAUAUUUGAAAUGCAGGCUCUCACACCUCACGUGUAUUGGGCGCAGCGGCAUGGGGAGAUAUACCUGCGAGUGGAGAUCAGUGAUGCACAGAGUCUCAGUAUUGGUGUAGAAGAGAACAUCCUUCACUUCAAAGGUCAAGGGCAUGGUGCAAAAGGAGAAAAUGAAUAUGAAUUCAGUCUGGAAUUCUUAAAACCUGUUAAACCUGAGGUGAAACACAAAUCCACCCAGCGGCAGGUGAAUAUCACAGUAAAGAAGCAGGGCCACGUCUGGUGGGAUCGACUCACUAAACAAGAGAAGAAGCCUCUGUUUUUAGCACCUGAUUUUGACCGCUGGCUGGAUGAGUCAGAUGCAGAAAUGGAGCUCAGAGAGAAGGAAGAGAAAAUAAACAAAAUCAACAUUGAGUCAAGGGUUCGUAAGGACCCUUUUCUUGGCUUGAAAAAAGGUUUUCUCUUUAUGUACAACUUGGUCCAGUUCCUCGGUUAUUCCUGGAUAUUUGUCAACAUGACUGUACGUCUGUUCAUUCUUGGGCAAGAUUCUUUCUACGAUACAUUUCAUACCAUUGCCGACGUGAUGUACUUCUGUCAGAUGCUGGCAAUAAUGGAGGUUAUUAAUCCUGCUGUUGGAUUGGUUAAGACUGGAGUCAUGCCUGCUUUCAUUCAGGUGAUGGGGAGGAACUUCAUCCUUUUUGUCAUAUUUGGCACUUUGGAGGAUAUGCAGAACAAGCCAGUGGUCUUCUUUGUCUUCUAUCUAUGGAGUAUGAUUGAGAUAUUCAGGUAUCCUUUCUACAUGUUGGCCUGCAUUGAUACGGAAUGGAAGUUGUUGACUUGGUUGAGAUACACCAUAUGGAUGCCACUGUACCCUCUUGGAGUUCUAGCUGAAGCUGUGGCGGUGAUCCAGUCCAUCCCCAUCUUUGAUGAAAGCAAACUCCUCAGUAUUCCUCUGCCUAAAGCCAUUGGCUUCUCUCUCAGCUUUUCCUACAUCCUGCAGCUCUACCUGGUGAUCAUGUUCUUGGGCCUCUUCAUCAACUUCCGCCACCUCUUCAAGCAAAGGAGUAGACGGUUUCGCACAAAAAAGAGGAAAGCCAACUGAGUGGAAGGGGAAGCCACAUGUGUCACUCUCCAUGUGUAUCUAUCUCUGUUUUCUUUGGUUUAAUUUGCCGUCUCCAUUUUCUUUCUUUACAUUUGCCCUUUGUCACAGAGAAGUCAUUACUGAGGGAAAACCAUCUCUUCUUUCAAACACCAACUCAAGUGCAUUUACUUUCUACAUGCUGAAAGACCAUGUCUGAGUUGUAGAGGAUAUGGAUGAUUAAUUUAAAACACUAGAAAGAAAUAGAUCUUAUCAAACCAGGACUAUGAAGGUAUUUAUACAUUGUAUCAUUCCAUCUAUAUGCAGUAUGCUUGUGUGUUUGAUGUUAUAGAUUAGCUGUGUGACAGGUUUACAGAAGUAACAUUAUAUUUUCCGGUCAUUGCCUGAGAUGUGUUUUAGUAGUCGUUUCUGUUGACACCGCACUGAUAACAACAACAUAGACCAUGAACCU